AUGGGUAACGACGGCGGAUCUAUCCCCAAACGGCGUGAGCUCGUCAAAGAAGCCGCAAAAGCCCUAACAACCGCACAAAUCAAAGAGGCGCAAACCGAACAACAAGAAUACGCCUGGUCCACCGACCCUCUCACCCGCAAACCGCUCGCCCGCCCCGUGGUAUCCGACGCAGCCGGUGUUCUCUACAACAAAGACUCCAUCAUCGAGUACCUCCUAAAAGACGACAGCGAUGUCGAAAAAGCUGAGAUGAAGAAGAUUGGCGGCGUCAAGGACUCCGAGCUAGGCACAUUCGGCGACAGAGUCAAGGGCCUCAAAGACGUCGUCGAAGUCAAGUUCGAAAUCGACACGGCAGCGGAAUCCGGCGCGGGCGAAAAGUGGAAGUGCCCGAUUACUGGGGAGCGACUGAGCGUGGGUAGUAAAGCCGUGUACAUAGUACCCUGUGGCCACGCCUUUGCCGGAAGCGUCAUGAAGGAGAUAUCCGAGAAGGCAUGUUUGACUUGCAACGAACCCUACGCCGAAAACGACGUCGUACCCAUCCUCCCCAUCCUCCCCACCGACAUCGCGCGCCUGAACCUACGCUUGAAAACGCUACGUGAAAAAGGUCUCACGCAUGCGCUGAAGAAAGCGCCCGGUAGCAAGAAAAAGCGCAAGCACGCCGCUGCUGCUGAUGGUCCUACCUCUGAUACUCUACCCACCACGACCUCCACCAAACCCUCUUCUUCUUCUUCCUCCGACGGAGAUAAAAAAAUCGCCCCCAAGGAAAACGCCACUACGACAACUAAACCUGUGUCUGCGACAAGCGAUGGAAUCAAAAAUAGUGCUACAGCUUCGCUGACGAGAAAGGUGCUCGCAGAGCAGGAAGAAAGGAAUAAGCGGCGCAAGAUGGCACAGAAUGAGAAUGUGAAUAGUUUGUUUAGCAAGAAGGAACAUAAGGCUGCGGCGGGGAAUAGUGCGGAUUUUAUGACGAGGGGGUUUAGUAUUGGGAAGAAGUGA